CCUUUCCCUGCAUUCAGUGCGACGUUUCAGUAAAUUUUUUUUAAGAUGGCGACUGUACAUCUACGGAUCGGGGACCUGGUUUGGGGGAAACUCGGACGGUAUCCACCGUGGCCAGGAAAGAUUGUCAGUCCCCCAAAGGACUUGAAGAAACCAAGAGGCAAAAAAUGCUUCUUUGUGAAAUUCUUCGGCACUGAAGAUCAUGCCUGGAUAAAGGUCGAACAGCUGAAGCCGUACCACCCCCACAAGGAAGAGAUGAUCAAGAUCAACAAAGGCAAGCGCUUCCAGCAGGCUGUCGAUGCUGUGGAGGAAUACCUGAAGAAGGCCAAGGGGAAAGAGCAGGCGCACGGCUCGGACGACAAGAACAAAUCGGAGAAGGGGCGGAAAGCCGCCGCCAAACCGAUGAAGAUUAUAGAAGAAGACGACGAGGACGCGUUCAAGGGCGGCUCCUCCGACAAGGAGCAAACUGACUCUGACCCAGAACCGUCCUCUGUGCAGCGGCUGGUGGCUGGAACAGUUGCAGGAUUCAAAUGGGAGAGCAGUCCGGUAAAGGAUGACCCACAUUUCCAUCACUUUCUGCUCAGCCAGUCUGAGAAGCCAGCCUCUUCGAUGGAGCCCAUAAGCAAACGGUUGAAGAUUAUUGAAGAGGACACCGGCUCUACGUCCAUUCAGGCUGCAGACAGCACGGCUCUCAACGGCAGCAUCACGCCCACAGACAAACGGAUAGGCUUCCUCGGACUCGGACUGAUGGGCAGCGGAAUCGUCUCGAACCUGCUGAAGAUGGGCCACGUCGUGACCGUGUGGAAUCGCACGGCGGAAAAAUGCGACUUGUUCAUCCAGGAAGGCGCCAGGUUAGGACGAACUCCAGCUGAGGUGGUGUCCAUGUGCGACAUCACGUUCUCCUGCGUAUCAGACCCCAAAGCUGCCAGAGAUUUGGUUUUGGGUCCCAGCGGUGUGUUGCAGGGAAUCAGACCCGGAAAGUGUUACGUGGAGAUGUCCACUGUUGAUCCCGAGACCAUUACAGAGCUCUCGCAGGUGAUCACGUCCAGAGGAGGCCGGUUCCUGGAAGCUCCGGUUUCAGGGAGUCAGCAGCUUUCCAACGACGGCAUGCUGGUCAUCGUCGCAGCGGGAGAUCGGACCGUUUACGAAGACUGCAGCAGCUGCUUCCAGGCGAUGGGCAAAACCUCAUUCUUUUUAGGAGAAGCGGGCAACGCGGCGAGGAUGAUGCUGAUCCUCAACAUGGUGCAGGGCAGUUUCAUGGCCACCAUCGCAGAGGGGCUGACCCUCGCUCAGGCCACCGGCCAAUCACAGCAGACCUUCCUGGACAUUCUGUGUCAGGGGCAGAUGGCCAGCACGUUCGUGGACCAGAAAUGCCAAAAUAUUUUGCAGGGCAACUUCAAACCAGAUUAUUACCUAAAACACAUUCAGAAAGAUUUAAGGUUAGCUAUUUCGAUGGGAGACUCUGUUAAUCACCCUACACCGAUGGCGGCCGCUGCGAAUGAGGUGUAUAAGAGAGCGAAGGCGCUGGACCAGUCGGACAACGACAUGUCUGCAGUCUACAGAGCUUAUAUCCACUAAUCCCUGAAGAUGUGCUCGGAAUUCUGGACCACAGUCCCCCUCUUUCUCCGUUUUCUUCCUUUCGGUUUGUGUGCGCUUGAGUUUUUUUGUUCCGCUUUUCCCCCGUCACGGCCUCCCCUCAUCGUUUGCAGCGCGUUGUACUGACAGUUGUGCUCUCCUCCUCUGCGGGAGGGGGUUUUACGAUGGAGGAUGGAGGUGUGUGUGUGGAUCCGAUUCGGUCCACUGCAGCUGGUUUUAUUUUGGGACGCACCGAUUUCUCUCGACAACAAUACAAACGUCAGAGGUCAGCGUAUCCUCCAGCGCUGCCGCUUCCUUCCUUUAAGGAGCGUGAAAGCUUGUGACUCGGUGCGUGUAUCGAGAGGACGUCCUGUUCGCUGCUUAACCAGAGAACAUAUUGCAUUUCCCCCUCAGUGCAAACCCCCCCCCCCCAAAACCAGUCGCUCAUCCCAGACCAGCUCGCAUUCGAAACCUAUUUUUAAUUUUACAAUCGGCCAUUUUGUCUCGCCGCGUCUUAAACCACAUCAGGAAGUCUGUGAGGGAUGGAGUGGGGGGGGGGGGCCAUUAGAGUGACACAGACUUCCUUUAAGAUUGAAAUAACGAUUGUAACGAGUCGCAGCUUUUAGUCGAACGCAGCACUGGUCAUUUCUGACCCGGAGGGGUCGGGGAGUGACCCGAAAACGCCCCUCAAAUCCGAUCUCAGCGAGUGACGUCGAACCAAAAUGGCCGCUCGCAGCAUCAACAGUACACACAGCAGCACGUCUUUACCUUUAUACGAGUUACGCUGUGUGUGUACACACAAGUAUUUACUUUAGAUCAAUCAACAUGGACGUAAUGGCUUAUUAAAUCCGUAACACUGACUGAACAGUUCACAACUGUGUGUGUGUAUACAGUAUAAGGUAAAGAAGUGCUGGUGUGUUUUACUGUCGAUGCGAGCGGCCAUUUUGAUUUUCCGUGUCACUUGCUGAACUCUUGAGGAGACCCACCCUGAGUUUUUGUUGGAGCUUUAUUCGAAUGCAGCUUGAUGGAACAAAGCGUUACGAGACCGAUCUCGAGCGUGAGGAAUCGGAUCGGUGCGUCCUUUUUAUUCCCCCCACCACCAAUUUUUAUUUUGUGAUCUCCUGCUUUCUUUCCCUGCGUUCCCUAUCUCUGUAAUCAUCCUCGUCCAGAACGGCGCAGGCUCCAGGAGCAUGAAGACGACGCCACUGCAUUGCCUUAAUAUCCUAACUCCCCACACACACAGAUGUAUUUAUUUAUUUUAAAUCUCUCGGAAUCUCCAGACUAAAGUUUUGGCCCGGCAGUGAGGUUGAGAUCGCUCGUUUGAUUCUGCCUUAGAAAAGAAAAUGUGAUUUAUUUCGUGUGGUUUUUUUUUUUUUAAUUAUUAUUCUUACGCUUGUAUUAAUCUCGUGUCGAAAGUCCGGCUGAUUUUUGUUGACAGCUGAUUCUGUGAAAGGCUUUUUUUUUUUUUUAAUUAUUAUUUUUUAAAUGUGUUUUCACAUUUUGCAGAUGUGUAAGCUAAGCUGUGGAUCGAUCUGAAGAAAACAGAGUUUAAUUCACGUGUUGGAGGAAGUGAAGAUCUCCACAGAGGUUUUUGUUCUUGUUUAAUAUAUAGGCGAGGUCAGGUCAGUAAUGGGUUCUUGAUUUUGUCUGAGACACACUGGUCAUAUUUUGAAUUUGGCAAUCUGUUGAAGUUGAAUCGUUGUGGAGAUUGAGCACAUCUGUAAUCGUUUAUCCGUAAAUUAUAAUUUGUGCUUUUUUUUUUUUUCCUUUUUGUGGUCAUUGGUUUUAAAGUCUGAGUAAAUUGUCAGUGAGAGAGAGAGAGAAGGUGUCUGAUGUUGAUGGAGGUACAGUAUUGUUUUUUUUUUAAAGCAGAAAGGGGAUGGACUUUUAUUAAAGCGUGUAACGAGAGCGUUUUCAGGUUACCCGUCACAACAUAACCCCUUGCUUUUAGUUUCCACCGCGCUGAACCGCUUUAACCCGAGUCUUAAACCUAGUAAUCGGCUGUUUCUGUUUUCUUUCGUGAUCGGAAUUAUUUCCUGUUGAUUUUGUGAGUUCGACAGUCGUUCUAAUGACCAUGUAACACCACGGCUGAUUCCACUUUUUUUUGUUCCGCAAAGGAAGGUGAUGGCUAAUUGGACAGAUAUUUAUCAUUUCUUGUAAAUGUGAGAGUCACGUUUUAUUGUGCAGUCCACUGAAUCCUUCUCCGAAUAAACAAACCAAUGUCCAAUUUAA